AUGACUGAGGCGCCCGCCAUGUCCUCCGUGACCCCGCGCUACCUGACCGGAGACAAAGCCGGCCUGCGCGAGUUUUUGGACAAAUUUGAUGUCUUUCUGUUCGAUUGCGACGGCGUACUCUGGUCUGGAGAUCAUGUCUUUCCAGGAACAGUUGAUACAUUGGAAUUGCUGCGAAAGAAUGGGAAACAAGUCGUCUUUGUCACGAAUAACAGCACCAAAUCGCGCGCCGAUUAUUUGAAGAAACUGGAGAGUCUCGGGAUUCCCAGCAAUGUGGAAGAAAUCUUCUCGUCGUCAUAUAGCUCAUCAAUCUACAUCUCGCGGAUCCUCCAACUACCGGAGAACAAGCGCAAGGUCUACGUGAUUGGAGAAUCCGGUAUCGAGCAAGAGUUGCGCUCUGAAAAUGUCCCCUUCAUCGGCGGGACGGACGCGGCUUAUCGCCGCGACAUCCAGCCUGAAGACUACAAGCGCAUCGCCGCAGGGGACACUUCCCUUCUUGACCCCGAAGUGGGAGUUGUUCUGGUUGGGCUCGACUUCCAUCUGAACUACUUCAAGCUCGCUCUUGCGUAUCACUACGUGAAACGGGGUGCCGUCUUCCUCGCCACCAAUGUCGAUUCGACCCUUCCCAACUCCGGCACGCUCUUUCCGGGAGCUGGGUCGAUGAGCGCUCCGCUGAUCAUGAUGCUGGGGAGGGAUCCCGUGGCCCUGGGGAAACCCAGUCAGGCCAUGAUGGACGCGAUCGAGGGUAAAUUCAAGUUUGACCGCAGCCGGGCAUGCAUGGUGGGUGAUCGAGUCAACACGGAUAUUCGAUUCGGUAUUGAGGGAAAAUUGGGCGGAACCUUGGGUGUCUUGACGGGCGUGAGUUCAAAAGAAGAAUUUGUCUCGGGAUCCAUUCGACCGCUGGCCUAUUUGGAUAAGCUGUCGGACUUGCUCGGCGUGGAGCAGUGA